AUGCCCGCGCUGCGUCUCCUCUAGUCCUCUCGGUGAUAACGCCUAUCUCUCUGUCCGACCCGAACGCCGGCGUCUCAAUCGAUCGGCCAUGUCGUGCGCCAUCCCUGCAUCCGACCCUCGCGACAGCACCUGGCAGCCGGAUCCGGCCCGGCGCCACGUCGCUCUGCCCGAGUACGGCGGCGGCAUCGCGUUCCCCAGCGUCGUCGCUCUGCCCGAUGAGCACGGCGGCGGCAUCGCGUUCCCCCACCCGGCGUACCGCGCGCUCUACGACCUCCCGACGUCGCCCGAGGUCCUCUUCGAGGAGGAGGCGCACCGGAAGGGGCUCACCUGGGGCGAGGACCUCACCCUGUGCACGGGCGUCGGGUACCUCACGGGCGCCGCGGCGGGCGCCGUCGCGGGGCUUCGCCGCGCGGCCGUCGAGGCGGAGCGCGGGGAGCCGCUCAAGCUGCGCGCCAACCGCGUCCUCAACAGCUGCGGCUCCGUGGGCCGCGCCUACGGCAACCGGCUCGGCGUGGUCGCGAUGCUCUUCUCCGCCACCAAGUCCGGCGUCAGCGCGUGCAGGUCUGGCGCGGACGACUGGAUCAACACCGCCGUCGCCGGGGUCGGCACCGGUGCGCUCUAUCGCUUGCCGGGCGGGCCGCGGUCUGCCAUCGUCGGCGGCAUUGUCGGGGGUCUCCUGUCUGGGGCUACCGUUGUUGCAGGGAGGCCCGUGCUUGGGAAAUUCGCGCCAAAUCUUGGCAUCUGAAAUAUGUGGUGUGCUUAUUACGGUCUUACGGGUGGUGAUGUACUAUUGGAUGUAUAUAUAAUUUGAUUUGAAUAGGAGGAGUGUCUCAAUUUACAUAGAAAGAAUAAUC